AUAUAUUUUUGUGUGAAUCCAAUGAGACAAGAAAUUUUUUUUCAACAGAUCGCUAAGCAGCAGGUAUUAGCAGGAGAAAAAGUCAAGAAAGAAUUGGACCAAGUAAAUAAAGAACUACUUUUAAUAGGCGAACUUCAAUUAGAAAAUAUGAGGAGGAUAGAAACUUUUUCUGCUAGUAGGAAUAAUGAAUAUGAGGUGGAGGAGUUGAAGAAGGCAUGUGAGGAAGAGAUUAAAGCCAUGAAUCAACAACUAGAGGCAAAAGUAGGAAUUUUAGAAGCAUACAAACAUAGGGUUAUAGAGAUGGAGCAUAUCAUACUCGAAAGGGAUAAUUUAAUUUUGUCUUUGAAGCAGAUGAUUCAGGAAGUAAAUGAACAACGAUUCGAAAAAUUAGAGGUGAGUUGUCGUAUUACUGAAAAAUUUAAUGUGAAUACGGAUGAUAAUGGUUUUUCAGAAUUAACUCAUUAG